GUAUAUGCAAACCAGAGCCCCGGCUCCCCAGGGCUGCCCAACCCGGCCGGGGCUGCGGCUGCGGCUGGCGCUGCGGUGGGCGCCGCUGUCCUCGCCGGAGCCGGGCACUGUCAUGCCCCCGCCGCGCGGCGGGCCGCUGCGUCCCGGAGCCGCUAUAUAAGCCCAGGCAAGGGGACACUCGGAGGGGCUGAAGAUGAAGGUGCCCGCGCAUGGGCCCCCACUGAUUGCCAACCCCUCCCGAGCCCGCGCCCCGCGCGGAGCCCGCGGCCGCCGAGGACCCGCCUUCGCCGCAGUAGCAGCUGGAGCAGCGACAGAGGAGGCAGCUGCGGCGGUGGCGGCGGCGCCCGUCGCCCGAGCGCGUAGAGCGGCGGCGGCAGCUCGGGGGCCGCCGCUGCCCCGGCUGCCAUGAGUUGUGCGGAGGUGAUGUAUCACCCCCAGCCGUAUGGAGCGCCCCAGUAUCUGCCCAACCCUGUGGCAGCUGCAACCUGCCCCACAGCUUACUACCACCCGGCGCCCCAACCUGGCCAGCAGAAGAAGUUAGCGGUAUACAGCAAGAUGCAGGACUCUCUGGAAGUCACCCUUCCCAGCAAACAAGAGGAGGAGGAGGAUGAGGAGGAGGAGGAGGAGGAGGAGGAGAAAGACCAGCCUGCCGAGAUGGAGUACCUUAACUCUCGCUGUGUCCUUUUCACUUAUUUCCAGGGAGACAUUGGGUCAGUAGUGGAUGAACACUUCUCAAGAGCUUUGGGCCAAGCCAGCACCCUCCAUCCAGAAUCUGCCAUUUCAAAAAGCAAGAUGGGGCUAACCCCCCUAUGGCGAGACAGCUCAGCUCUCUCAAGCCAGCGGAGUAGUUUCCCGACUUCCUUUUGGACCAGCUCUUACCAGCCCCCAUCUGCACCCUGCCUGGGGGGUGUUCAUCCCGACUUCCAGGUCACUGCACCCCCCGGCACCUUUCCCACAGCUGACCCCAGCCCCUGGCCGGGACAUGGGCUGCAUCAGACUGGCCCGGCCCCUCCCCCUCCCACGUCCGAGUCCUGGCACUACCCUUUGGCAUCUCAGGUGAGCCCAUCCUACAGCCACAUGCAUGACGUGUACAUGCGGCACCACCACCCCCAUGCCCACGUGCACCACCGCCAUCACCACCACCACCACCACCCUUCUGCUGGCUCCGCCCUGGAUCCAUCCUACGGGCCCCUGCUGAUGCCGUCAGUGCGCACGGCCAGGAUACCUGCGCCCCAGUGUGACGUCACAAAGACAGAUCCGACUACAGUCACCACUGCUACCUCAGCGUGGGCCGGAGCCUUUCAUGGAACCGUGGACUUAGUGCCAAGUGUGGGGUUUGAAACAGGUCUACAGCAUCAAGACAAGAGCAAGGAAUCACCAUGGUACUGAAACACAGUAUUAGCAAGUCAGGCUGGAGUGUGACUCCGUGGGCCCACUGGGAAAGAUGCUGCCAGUAUUUUCCAUUCUGCAGUGGGACACGAUAGACAUGCAAGGAGAAGAGGAAGUAUCAGCCAGCUGACUUUGGUUGGGAGCCUUUUCUUGAGAAAGCCCAGUGGGUCCUAGACAUUGAAGAAAAGCAUUUUUGUUUGUUUUUUCCCCUCAUCUGAGCCUUUGCCAACUGUGCAACUCUUUUUUUGUCUUGCUUUUAUGGAUACAUGGUUUAAUUUUUGUUUCCUUUUGAUUUUUUUUUCCCCUUUUUGAACCAACCACCUUGUCAGGAAAAGAUGAACCACAAAUGAAAAUGCUCAUUCUUUCAGGAAUACAAUUUUGUAGCUCUAUGUGUAUCUAUUUUUGUAGAAAUACAGAAAGUUUGAUUUAGCAUUGAUGGGCUAUUUUUGAGGGAUGUAUUUUUUUUAAUAUUGUAAAAAUUGUUAAGUUCUGUUUAAAGAACUUGCUCUCAGAGAAGCACUGGCAAAAAUGUUGAAAAGGCUUGUCUUUCAGAUGUCUGUGAUAUGCUCUGUGCUUUCUAGGUUACCUCAAGUGUUUGAUAGUUUCUCCUUUUUUACAAAAGUAGCACCAUAGCCAAGCCAAUAUAGUAUUGUUUUACAUUAAAUCUCGGUGAAGAUUUAAUUCCAUGCUAGCUCACCUAGCUUUGAGUUAUAUGCAUAGCUUGAAAAGGAAGUUUUUUCAUGACCAACACUAAAGAAAGGAUAUUUCAUUACUUCGAUUUGUCCCAAAGAGUACUUGGAGGUUGACUAAGUUUUGCAGAAACUUUCAAUCAGAGGGAGAGUUUGCCUAGCAUAUGUAGUUGUCUUUCUUAGCCCAUCCAACUUUGACAAAUGGAACCAGUUUAUAUCCAACUCCUGGGAAAAAAAAUGCGUUUACCCAUGCUACCUUUGAUUGCCAGUGGCUUAGUUUCCUUGUUUCUAAUUAUGCAAUCAUGGCAAUUUUUAAGGUCAUAUUUUAAGUGGAUGGUUUUUUUCCUAGAGAUGGUUUGAAGGGAUAAUAUUUGGGAAGGUACUAGACGCGUCACAAAGCCUUUAAUUCAAUGGCUGUUUCUGAUAAUGUUACUCAUCACUGUAAAUUGAAAAAUAAUAUAUUAUAUAUAUAAUAUUUCAAACGUGUUUUUCAAGACUUUCUUGUUUGUUUAAAUCUGGUCUUAGCUGAUUGAACUUUUUUAAGAAAACUUUUUAGAGCAAAAUGAAAUUUAAAUUGGAAUUUAUGCCACAAUUACUUAAAUCGGGGUAAUAAAUUGACUAUUUAUUCUUUGAAAUUUAUCCUUGAAUACUCAGGAUUCAACUUGGCAUGGCCCUCAGGAUCUAAAUAAGGUGAAGUUGGGAUAAUCAUUAAGACCUUGUUAGGAAAAGAUUAAGGUUAUAAAAGUAGCAGUUAAUAUCUUAAGGAUUUUUGAUGCAAAGUCCAUUCUCAUAUAGCUGCUUCCAGAGAUGGGUCACAUUAAAAAGUUAGUGUUAUAUAGAAGUUUUUGUUUGGUAAAAGUUUCUCAAAUGUGCCCCCUCCUGGUCUUCACCCAUAUGAAAUAGAGUGUUUCGUGAAAUACCACUUUCCAUUUUAAACUGUGUAUAUCUUGUGCAUAAACAUUUUAGCUAUAAGAACAGCAUAACCUCUGCUCAGCUAGGCAGGGUUCUUACAGAUAAUUUAAAGUAGUUCCCUUAUCUCUGUUUUUUGCAUUAGUUUUCUUUCCUGGUGCCUCUGGUGAGUUAUAAAUCUAUUAUACACUCUCUUGUAUUCUUAUCAUAAGUUGCUUCUUCUUAACCAGACUCUCCUUAACGCAAUAUGCAUAUUUUUACCUAAUGUGAGGUCAAAACUUAAGGAAUUUUCUACUUACAAAUGAUAUGAACUUAGAUUUCUAGGGAGUGGCUUGGUCAAAUUAUCUAUAUUUUGAUCUAUAAUUUGACUUGUUACGGUUGUAUGUACUUUGCCCAAUCUGUGGAGCAUGAAGUUAAAUGACUUUAUAAAAUUGGUUUCCUCUUGUGUCCUGAGUUUUCAAAGACAAGUAUUCGGCAGUUCCCAUGGGAUGACUCACUGGGGAUUAUUUAUUUUCCUCCUCUUCCCUUGGAACCUAUUAACUUCCUUUGCAGUUUCUCUUAGAACAGCGUUGUACUCCAACUCAUUCAGAUCAUUCAAUUGGAUUUUCCCAAUUAAGGGAGAAGAAAAGUAUUAACUCUCUGCUCCUCUCCUUAUUCUCCAUUGAAUUGAAUUCAAGGAGAGAGAGACAAUUGAAUAGCUACACCCUGAAUUUGGACUGUGUUCUGUGCCACUCCUGGUAACUAUAGUAUGAAAGGUUCCUUGGCUCUGGGGCCCAGGAAAAGCUGGGGGCCUGAAUUCUGCUGUAUCCAGGAAAGAUUUGUAAGUGAGUUCUCCUGGUGAGAAAAGGCGUUGUUGACAUACUACAAGGGUUAGAUCCUUGCACAGACAAGGAAUGGAUCAAAGUCUAAGUAAAAAGAGAGUACAUGUCUCUAUAAUUGCCUGACAUCCCCUUGGUUUUGUUUUGUUUUGUUUUUUGCCUGGCAUCCCCUUGUUAUGAUCAUAUUACCUUCACCACCAGAAGUUAUAAAAGAGGAUGAGUUGUAAUUUAGCAUGAUAUUCUGAAUUUAUUUUAAGUUGAAAAUGCUAUCACUCUCUGGGUCUGCUCUUCUCACAUCAAAAUGAUGCUGUUGAACUUAGAGGCUUCUGACCAGCUUUACAGAGGCCUACCAACUUCCUCCCCCAUUCAUUUGGAACCAUUCCACCUUUGACUAUUUUAAACAUUAGACUUCCUUCAAGGUUUCUAAUGAGCUAGACCCUAUUAAGUCAUCUCAUUUAUUUGACAUCUAAUCUAGGCUUCGACCACUAAACUAACAUGAGUUAAGGAACAACAUAAUAGUGAUAAGUAAGAUCUCAACAGGCUAUUUUGUCCCUCACUGUUUAUUUGAAAAGAGCCUCUAAAUAUUUUAAAAAACAACGUUUCUUCUUAAGAAGGUUAACUGUCCCCUCCUAACUUUUAUCUGUAAUUUUUUUUUCUUUCUCUGUCCUCUUAAAAUUAUUAACAUUAUUAUUUUAAGCAAAAAUGGCCAGGGUUGCUCUACAUUUUGCAAAUGAGAACCAGUGGGUUGCAAAUAAUUUAAGGAAUUAAUUCUUUUUACUUUAUAAAAACUUAAAAAACAAAAAAAACAAAUUCUAGGCACUGGCAUAAAACAUGCCCUUGAGGAGCUCAUUAUUUAUUUUGCAAAUCAUAUUUCCUAUUCCUAUUCUAAGACCCGCAGAAUAGGGCAGGAUCUAUCUAGUUUUUGCAUUUGCUAUCUAGUUUAAUGUUCUAUUUGUCAUUUAAAGUUGCAGUCAGAAACUAUAUUUCAAGAAACUAAAUUCUAUUUCUUACUGAGUGUCCCUUUGUGACAUAAUAUUUGCCAAAUUAAGUCAAUGGGGCAGUGGCGUUAAGUGGUGGAAAAGGAAAGUUUAUAUAUUGGAGUGUUGACUGAGGGAUAAAUAGAGAAGCAGAAUGAAUUAAUGGAAAAGAGCAUUGACUUGUGCAUUAGGUCAUUGUCUGAAUUCUGGCUUGGCCACAAUUAGAUAUGUGUGAUUUGAGGUUUAUGUAUCUUAUGAGUAAAGUGAGAUAAUAGUACCUAACUGGCAGGCUGUGAAGUGUGGAAAUCAUUUAUCUAUCUAUCAUCUAUCUAUCUAUCUAUCUACCUAUCUAUCUAUCUAUCAUCAAUCAUCUCUGUCUCAUAGUAGAUGUUCAGUAAGUAAGAGGUACCACAAAUGUCUGUCAAUUAAGUAAGUAGGUCAUAAAAUUGAGCUCCCAGAUGUCCCUUCUUUAUACUUUCCGUAUCCAUUUUUGCAGCAAUCAAAUAGAUAUAUGACUGCUUUUUCAUAACAAAUUGUUGCAAGAGAAUCUUGUCCACUAUUUGUUGAAGAUAAAAUGUAAAUUUCUUAAUUACUUCUGUUACUUUAGUGUGUCAUUUAUGAAGGAAAAUAAAUUAACCUUUUAGUGGUAUGUAGGUCCAACUGUGAGUUUUCUUACAUUUCCAAAAUUUUAUUCACCUGGGAUCAUAUUAUUUUCUCCCAAAUUAAGGCAACAUCUUUACUAAAUCACCAAAGUUUAUAUUUUUUCAGUUCUAUUUUGGGCUUCCUUAGCACCUGGAAUAAAAACCUCUCUUUUGAAGUUAUUCAUUUUUUUUUUACUUGCCUUGAGGAAAAAUUGCAAAAUAUGGUGGAAAAAAAUCGUUUGCAUGAAAAGGGGAGGGAAAAAAAUCCCUUUACAAUCUCAGCAGAUUUACUCUGCUUGAGAAAAAAAGAAACAAUUUUAUUAGAAGCAGAUGCUGACACUGUGUCAGUUAUUGAAGAUGGAAAGAGUUCACUUGAACCAUUGCAGUUACAAAGGAGUAUUGAUGGCAGUUAGAAUCCCUGUGAUUGAUCACCUUCAUAGCAGACAUAAGGACAGCAGAAAAGCAGAAACUGUAUGAGACCAAGACUGAAAUCAGCCUGCUGAUUUUCAUGUACAGGAUCUUUAGGACCCAGUUUCAUUUCGUUUUGUGUUUUCUUUCCUCCAGGGUAAAAGACACCUCUUUCAGAAAGUUUAAGGCUUUUUGAGAAAUUAAAAUUUAUUCUGCAAAAACAUGGCCUAAGGGCUCUUUAACUCUCUUAUUAAAGUAUUAAAACUCUUAUUAAAGUCAUUUUAGAAAAAUUGGGUUAUACUUUUAGUUCAAAAAUGUAUGUGGAAGACAAAUAGAUAAACUAUACAAAAGUGGAUGAUUGAAGUUUGGGAUAUGGGUGGGCCUUUCAGGGAAACCUCAGUCUCAAGAGCUUCAAAAUGUUAAUUACCUUGGUAACUUGGUCGUGGACAUUGGGCGCAGAACAGACUUUCAGAAUUUUUCAGCGGUCUUUUUUCUUUUAGUGCUCUCUGGGAAUUUCAUUCUAUACACUUUUCCAAAAUAUAGAAAUAGCCAUUAUUAUUAAAAUAUCUUCAUUUUCUUAUUUCCUUUAUUGUCCAUUAUGCUUUUUUGUUUGUUUAAAAAAUAUUUGUAUAGUUUCAAAUAAUUGAUCAAAAUAGUGUUCACUUGAAAUUGCAAAUUAAUUAGAUCCAAUGAAUUUAUCUGAAUCUCCUUUUAAAGAAAUACUAAUUGAAUUAAGUGUAAUUUACCAAUUCCAUUAUAUAAGUAAACAAUGAUACCUUCUAGAAAAGGUCAGGUUACUGUCAAUUAGCUUCCUUUUUAAUAAUUUCUGGACUACUAAAUUUUGACAUAAGAAUAACUCCUUUAGAAUAGAAGAUUCUUUAGGGGUUUCUUUGGUGUAUGCAUAAGAUGUGAACUUUUCUAAUGAUAUCUCUUUAUACUAAUAGAGAUGUACAUUUUUUUAUGCUGUGGCUAGGGCAAAAAAUAAUGAUUAUUUACACACAUGACUUAAUUUCUUAGGAUAUUUACAAUCUUGGAUAUUAUAUAUGAUUUAAAAAGACUAUUCCAUACAUUUUUCUGGAUAUACAGUAUAGGGAAGUGUUUUCAUGUGAAUUCUUCGUAUCAUUUUAAAGUGCAUAUAUUGAAAGGGAAAACAUGGAUUAAUUUGUUUUUAUCAUAUAUAUCUAGGUAAGGUGAAAUAGUUUUAUAAAAAAAUAAAUAGUGUGGAAGACUUUAUAUUUGUCAGUUGAUUAGGUAAACUGAAAACUAUUCUUAGAAAUAUCACCCUACAACAUUGAAAUACAAUAAAAUUCCAGACUUGUUAGUUUUAUGAGCAAUUUUAUGCUAUCUUAAUUUUACAUUUCCAGAAAGACAAAUUAACUAAUCUUUCCUAUGUUGUCAGUCUUAAUUUACGAAAUUCAUAAAACUUUUGGCUUUACAAGCUAAUUAUAAAAUCUUAAAUUUUUUUCUGUUUUUCUUGGGGUUCGGGAGAGAGACAUUUUCAUAUUUCGGUUCACUCUUCAAAUACAGGUCGCAUAACUAUGUGUCAGUGAUAAAAGAUGGUGGAGGACUUUGUAGUACAAACAAUGUUACCUUCAAUUUGUUCAAUAAAUAAUUUAAUGUGAACUUAAUGUUUAUAUUUUUAAUGUAGCAUUUUGGUUUGGUCUGCAUUUCUUGACAAUUAACUAAAGCUCUGUUUUCUUCUUAUCCAAUUAAGCAAUUUAUAAAUAUCUUUGGAAAUUAAAACAUCUUAGUGUUUUGUUUGUUUGUUUUUAUGAGGUUAAUUUCUAAGGCCAAGGAAUUUAGUUGUUACAGUGAGGAGUGGGUUAUAAAACAAGUGUUUAUAAUGGAAGAGCAAGUGAAAUAGGCUAUGUUAAUUAUAUAACAGCAGGAAGCUUGCGAAUGAAUUUUUUAGUACAAUGCUUCUAAAAUUAUCAUCUCUUUAUGAGAAGUGCAUUUUUUGCUUUGUUUUUACACUUGUUGGAUAUAGAACUUGCUAUAAGUAUUAUGAAAAACAAAAACAAAAACAAAAACAAAAAAAACCUUUCCUAACAAUUCAUUGGUACUUGGAAAAGAAAAUUUCAAGACCUUCUAUUUUUGAAGGAAGCGAGAGUUUUCCUACAAUGGACCCUACUUUCUUCUUAAAUGAAUCAUUUAGAAGUGCUAAAGUCUAGAAAUAAGUGUUUAAAUCAGUAGACCCUCCAACAUAUCAGGUGAAAUAAUUUGGCAUUCUUAACUGUUUGCUGUAUUUAGACUAGACUAGUGUUAUGAGUUUUCUAUGGCUGCUGUAAAAAUUACCACAAACUUAAUGGCUUCAAGCAACACAAAUGUAUUAUCUUAACCACCCUGUAGGUCAGACAUUCGGCACUGUUCUCAGGCUAAAAUCAAAGUGUCAACUGCAUUCCUUCUGGAUGCUCUAAGGGAGAAUCUCUUUCCUUGCUGUUGCAAGCGUCUAGAGUCCUUGACUAAUGGCCCCCUUCCUCCAUCUUCUAAGCCAUUAGCCACUGGUCAAGUCCUUCUCACAUAGCAUCACUCUGACCCUCUCUUUUGCGCCUCUCUCACAUGUUUAAAGACCUUUGUAAUUACAUUGAGUCUGCCUGCAUAGUCUCCUCAUCUCAAGGUUCUUAAUUUAAUUACAUCUGCAAAGUCCUUCAACGUAAGGUAACAUAUUCACAGGUUCUAGAGAUUAGGACGUGAGUAUUUUUUUGAAGGGGGCAUUAUUCUACCACCACAAUUAGUAGAUUUCAAUAUAUUUUUUCAUAAACCCUGUAACCUGGGAGUAUUUAAUAUAGCAAGGCUUAUUGCAUGUUUACAAUGGUCAUUUGUGGAGGAUUCAUCUUCCUUUGCUUAAAUAAUUGCAUACGAAGGGAAUUUCUGUUGUUAUUUCAAACAUUUCACGUGGUUAUUAUAGUGCCUUGGAAUCUAAAGGGCUAUGUAGUAUUUAUGUCAGACAAGCACUCAGGGGGUUGGAGAGCAGGACAUCUGGUGCAGAUUCUUCCUAGCUGAAGUGUGUUUUCUCUGGGGAUAAUCAACUACCAUUUAAUUGUUUUGCUUCCUUUUUUGGGAACGUAUGAUCAUCCUGUGAUGUCCUAAGUCUCCAAGCAUCUCAUUUGACCUGCUGAUACACAUGUGACAAAAUAUCUAUAUAUGACCACAUUGACAUGGUAAAGCUUUUACAUUUUUGUCCAGAUUGAAUCAUUACAUCUGUUAUCAGUUAAGCAGAGGAAUGACUAUGAUGGAAAGCAAACAUGUUUAGAUGCAUUUAAUGUGUAAAGUAGGUACCCAUACUUUGGAAUGCUGUUGAUCAAUAAAUGAGCUAGACUGUCUUCGAAACAACACUCAAGUAUAACUGUUUUACUUUCCACACCAAGUUUGGCUGUGGCUGAAUGAAGAACACCAGCAUUGAUCUUUGCUUUGCACUUGUAAAAGAGACUAUUUGCAGGGAGCCAAAUAUAGCAACAGAGGAUUUAUUAUCUUGCCAAAAAAUACAAAAUCUGUUCCCCUUUAAACACGACACUCUAUCCUUUUCUUGUGGAUCUUGCUAAAAGGAAAAUAUAGCUUUAAACUACCCCAUUCCUUCUGCGGGAAGUCCCUAAUUUUUUUCAAAUGGGCUAUGUGUGGUUUUGUGUUUUAUAUUUCCUAAAGAAAAUGGCUAUAUGAGAAAUCCAGCCAGUAUUAGGCAUUCUUAUUACAAAAAAGGAAAAAAACAAAAACAAAAACCCAAAAAACAAAACAUUUCUAAACCAGAGGUAAGAGUCAAUAGCAAUUAAGAAAAUCACACUUUGUGGCUUCAAGACUGAGUAUCGCUGCGUGAUGUUCUGUGUUUCAUUUUGUAUUGAACCAAAAAAAAAUAAUUUAAAAAAAAUUGUCUUCAACCAACCAGGUGCUUUCUUUGCCUUAGAACAUGGGUGUUUUGCUCUGAAUAUGGUCUGAUGAGUCAAUGGACUAGUCUAGAUUAUAAAGCUGGUAACGACAGUUAACUUUUCUGCUUGGUUUUUAAUGUAUAUACAGAAUUUUGAAAACAGUUUUGCAAACAUCAACCAAGAAAAUAAGCUUUCCAGUGACAGCUUUACCAGACAUCUUCGUGUGGGAUUUUAAAACAAACACAAGGCUGUUUGGAAAUACUUGGUAUAUGUAAAUAUGCAAAAUAUGCCGACCAGUGCUAACAGCUCUAGGGUGUACUCCCUCAUCCUGGAGCCGAAUAUUUUGGUGGCAGUGGUGGUUGUUUUUCCAUCUUUGCUUCUCAUCUCCCUCACCACCACCCCCCUCCCGUCUCCACCCACUUACCCAUCCACAGACAACAGCACAUACUUAACACCCUUCCCCCCUAUUUCCAUGCUGUUUCCAAGAGAAUCAUUUCAGCAGAUUCCCCCUGGAAAAGGUGGGUGGUGCUUUGAAGGACUGUUUGAAUUACACGAUGUCAUAAAGGCUGAGCUUCAAGAACUUGCUUGCACUUGCUCUGACACCCGCCUCGCACACAGCCCAGACACUCCGCAGGCCAGAUUCCAUUAAGGCUUGUCAUUGCAAGGGGAGGGAACGUCUGGUUGAACGUGGCCUUCCUGCUAUGAUGUUCCCAAAGAACACAGAGUAAUCAUUUUAAAUGUGUGCUAUCAGGUUCUGUAACAUCAAGGCAUUCAUUCAUUUAUAAAAAAAAUAAGCAUAUGCUUUUCUGCCUACAGCCUAAAAGAGAAAGAGAGGACCCAAGGGAAGUUAAAAAUGAAAGCCUCUUCUUACGGCAUUUUGACAGGUUUGGAGACGAUAAGUUGGCAAAUGUGAAGUGCGAAAUCCUGGGUCCUAGGACCAGAUCCACUCAUAAUUUGUUGAUAUCAUUUAGUCAGUUUCCUUAUCAGUAGCAUAAAGAUCAAAUGAAAUAAAUGUAAGCUUUUUUGAGAAAACUAAAAGUACUGUACAGAUACAAAGAGAAGGAACUGAUAUUUAUUAAAACUCCUAUAUAUCAUGAGCAUUGCAUGAAUGUAUAUUAAGAAAUUCUCACAAAUAGCAAUACGUAGACAGCAUCAUUUGGGAGGCAGUUAGCAAUAUAAAGACCAUGAGGAUUUCAUUUUUAGUGAUGCUACUUAGAAGCUGGAUGUCCUUGGACAAUUUCCUCAGCCUCUUUAAGUCUCAAUGUGUUCACCUGUCAAAUGAAGAUAUUAAAAGAAACUACUCCAAACAAUUGUUACAGGAAUUAAAUAACGUAUAUAAAUCAUUUAGUUGAUUACUUAGUAAUCAUUACCACUAAGUAAAUACCAUGUUUUUUCUUCUUAUUAACCUUAUUUUUUAGUAAUUUAGGAAGUCAGUUAAGCCCUUCCCCAAGGGCACUUGAUUACCAGUGACAGAGCCAGAUUCAAACCCAGAUUUAACCAAAAAAAGAAUCAGUCCACCACACUACCCUCUAAAGUUUUUGCCAUUGUCACAUCUGAAGGUAUUUGCUGUGAGCAUAUUUUAAUAAUUUCUUAGCCAACUGGAAUAAUUCCCAUUUUCUUCUUCCUCCAAAUCCUAUGAAAAUGGAGCAGUAGAAAUCUCUCUGCUCCUGGAACCCCAGAACUUAAUGUGUGUGUGUGUGUGUGUGUGUAUGUAACAUUUUUUUUUCUUCUCCAUAGUUUUUCUACAGGGUCAUCUAUAUAUGCUAAUAACAUUCAUACAAGCAAAAUGAAGUAAUGAUUCCAAUCCCUGGGAGACAUAGUCUUGAAAUCAUAUGGAUGUUAAAUUCUUUAGCCUAGACAGUUGACAGUGGAUAUAGUGUCUGUAUUGACCAUUUGAGAUAAGCCAAACCACCUUCCUUUUAGGGAGUACCCAUUCAUAAAAACAAGUCUUAAAAAAGCCAGCUUUCUCAAGGAAAUAUUCUUAGAUGCAACCACUGCUUCUUGCUCUCUGCUAUAUGUCUGGGCCUGCAAAGCUUCUGAACUUGUCUGUUUCCUAGCCCCAUGAUGAUGCCCUUAGACUUAUCAAUAGAAUUCAACCGCUUUGAUGUUGGUCUUUUCAUUGUGCUUCCCAGAAGAAGUUUUUACCUGUUUUUACUUCUUUGGUUGCUCAUAAUAGGGUCUUUCCUGCCCCAGCCCUGCUGGAUUCUAGCUCCUGGAGUGAGCCAGGAUCUGGCUAUCCUGAAGGCAGAAAGCAUUAACUUUGGCAAAUUGAUCACCCAAGGGCUGAUCUAGGAUCUGAAACCUAUAAAAGUUGUGCAGAGGGGAGCUCUUUCAGACGAUACAAAAGCAUACUAAAUUAUGAAAGUAAGAAUGUAGAGUACGUAUGAGAAAUCACAACAAAUUUUGUAAAGUUGAUGAAUACUAUGAACACAAAAUUCAGAAAAAUAUAAAUUUGUCUUCACUACCUGCUUAAACUAUAUGUAUAACAUAACAUACUACUCUUCCAACAACUAACACAUUUACCCUUGUUUUAUCUUUAGUACAUUUCCAACAUGUUUCUUUUCUUUCUCAUAUUUGGUGGUAGAACAGGUAGGUUCUGUUCAUAGAGUAAUAUGUUCUCAGUCCCUCUUGAAACAACGUAGUGAGGGGUUACGGUAUUCCUAGGCACCAUUUGUUCACUAGGACAUGAUUACUUAAUUAUAUCUGGAGGUGUUUGAGAAUUAUACCUGGAGGUGUUGGGAUAUAAAUAUAUCCCGCUAAAUCCAAAUCCAAACUGUAUGUAUCUGGUAGAUAGCUUGAUCCUUACCACCUCACAAAGGAAAGUGUGGUGGAGGGGAGAUCUGAGUGAAAAAGAGAGUGUUUUUAUAUGAUUGUAGUUAAAAUAGCUUAUCUUUUAAAAUUUGCAAAAAUGUAUGUCAAGAUAAAUGCUAGGAUUCAUCUCAGAGCUUUGGAAGAUGGCCUGUGCAAAUAAGGGGCCCAGAAGUUUUAUCCUCAUUAGCUUAGGGCAAAUCAUGCCUCUUAACCAUGUCUCCUAUGGUAAAAAAAAAAAAAAGUCCUACUUAUAAGAACAUUGAUAUGUGGCUUCACAUUUUUAAUUUUCUGGUUCCUGUCUGUUACAGUACAUUAAUCUACAAAUCCAAAGAUGAUAAGAGUUCCAUACUGAGUAACCAAGAUUAAAAAAGGCUUCAGUUUGAGAGAGGGAGACAGAAGAAAAAGCUGAAAUUUUUUGGAAGGAAUUCAACAUAGACAAAGGGAGAAAAUAGUUUGUGAGAUGACUGAACUGAAGAUUUUAUGUGCAAAUAACCUGAAGCUGAGAACAGUAAGGAAUGAGUUACCUCCUGGAAAAAGCAGUCUUCUUUUUCUUAAGGAUAAAAAAAGACUAUAUGAUGUUUGCAACUACUCAUGACCAUGAGCCAGAACUAUAUAAUAUGUUCAAAAAAAUGAAGUCUUACUGUAUAUUGAAGCAAAGAAUGCUUUCUUAGAUUAUCUGAAAAGAAAUGGAUUUCUGACCUAGUUCUGUCAUUAACAACCCAUGUGCUUCUAGAAAAAUCACUAAAUGUCCUUGGUGUGUGUUUUCAUCUGUAAAAUAAUGACAUUAAAAUUAGACAAUCUUUAAGGCUUCUUCUACUUCUAAAAGUUCUGUGAUUCUACAUGUAUUUUCUUUAAAUAAAAUAUGUUAACCUAUUUAGACAUCAGAAUUAAAAUUUUCCUGGAGCUAAAAUACUUUGGAAAGAAUACCUAAAUGUAAAAGAUUAUUUGACAACUUCUUCAGAUGUCAAUGUAAGUCUGAGGUAUAAAAAAAGUCAAUCAUGACAAUGUUGUACAGAGUGGAACAAAGAAAAAUUCCAAAGAAUCUCUUUGUAACAAAUGCCAUUGGUAUUUACAUAAUCUGAAGUUUAAAAAAAAAAAAAAAAAGCAAGAGAGAGACACAAUUCCCUUAAAAAUUAGACCUUCUGGAAUUUGUAUUUCUAACACAGUUUAUCCCUCAAGGAGUCAAUAUUCAAACCUGUGUAUAAUUUAGACUUUUUUGCUCAUCCCAUGUGUUCCACGUGCUGGUUUGAAUUAGUCAGUUGUGGAAAAUAGAAAUGUACAAAUCAAAAAAAAUUUGCUUACAGCAUUCUUAUUACUAAUCAUGUCCAACACAGUAGACAAAGUUACAGACAUGUAUCAUUAAAGACAUAACAAGUUAUCUAGACUUACCUCCUAUUCACUUAGCUCUGACUGGUUUAAAAAACAAACUUGUGGUGUGUCCAGCUUAAUUUUAACAAACUGUGUUGGCUUCUAUGAUUUCCACUGGAAAGCUAAUCAUUGAAUACAUUUCAAUAUCAAUAAACAUUUGUUGACUGAA